AUCAUUUUUCGCAUCUUGAAUGUAUUUCUGUUUAAUGGCCCGAAUGCUCAAAUGAGGAGUAUUCAGAGGAUAUGGGUCGAUGAAGCCGUCAUCUGGCCGCGGUGGAACAAAUUUUGCGAUAGGCUCACCACUGAAUGGAAUGGAUAUGCAAUAUUUUCUACUGUGCUGCUUGCUGUUGAUAUCAGCUUUCUCUCAAUUCCAGUUCCUAACAAGGGUCGGACGAUCACGUUCAAUGGAAUUUUCAUGUCUGUCCUCUGUACCUUUGGUUCAUUAGCAUCCACACUAUUCUUGGUUGGACAAGUCAAUGACAGUCUACGAGGCACUACUUUUAAAGUGGCUCGUUACAUGCGGCAAAUGUCACGUUCUUUUCUAGGCCUCCGAGGCCUCGCCAUUAUGCUCAGUCUGCCGUCGGGACUUUUGCGUUGGGGGUGCGUU